GGGUGGGGCGGGGACCUCCGCGCAGCGCGCAGGCAGCCUCUGAGAGUGGGGGGUGAGCGUGGACUGUGGCUCGGAGCGGCAACGCCGGUGUGACUCCUUCUAGGCUCUUUUCCCGCCCGGCGUGGGCACUGUGCGGCAGUGGGGGGCGCCGGGGCCGCGAGGCCGGACCACGCGGCCGUGCCGGGCAUGGUGGUCUGGGGGCAACGCGGAAGAGGCUCCACCAUGAGACGAGGUGGAUGGAGGAGGCGAGCUGAAAAUGAUGGCUGGGAAAAAUGGGGUGGGUAUAUGGCUGCCAAGGUCCAGAAAUUGGAGGAACAGUUUCGAUCAGAUGCUGCUAUGCAGAAGGAUGGAACUUCAUCUACGAUUUUUAGUGGAGUUGCCAUCUAUGUUAAUGGAUAUACAGACCCUUCUGCUGAGGAAUUGAGAAAGCUGAUGAUGUUGCAUGGAGGCCAGUAUCACGUGUAUUAUUCCAGAUCCAAAACCACACACAUUAUUGCCACCAACCUUCCUACUGCCAAAAUCAAAGAAUUAAAGGGGGAAAAAAUAAUUCGGCCAGAAUGGAUUGUGGAAAGUGUCAAAGCUGGCCGACUCCUGUCCUACAUUCCCUAUCAGCUGUACAGCAAGCAGUCCACUGUGCAGAAAGGUCUCAUCUUCAAUCCUGUAUGCAAACCUGAGGACCCAGUGCCUGGUCCAAGCAAUAGAGCCAAACAGCUCAACAACAGGGUAAAUCACAUAAUUAAGAAGCUUGAGACAGGAAAAGAAGUCAAAGUCAAUGGAAUGAACAGUUGGAAUGAAGAAGAUGCAAGUAGCGAUUUUAGUUUUGUGGAGCUGGAGCAGAUUGUUCCAGGAAGGGAACAAAACGGAAUUCCGCCUCACAGAGACAGUCCUGCCAUUCUUAAUGGCCACACGCAUAGCUCUAAUGGUGCCUUAAAGACACAGGGUUGCUGGGUGCCUGUGGGCAACAGUGUUGCCAGCAGGCUUUCCCCAGACUCUGCCCAGGAGGAGAAGGCUGAGAAAAGCACCGACUUCAGAGACUGCAAUGUGCAGUCAUUGCAACAAAGCACCGGGAACACAGAUGCUUUGCAGAAUCCACACAGAACUAAUUCCUUCUCACUAUCAUCUUUGCACAUGAACACUAAAAUAAAUGGUGCUCACCACUCCACUGUUCAGGGGCCUUCAAGCACAAAAAGCACUUCAGUACCUUCUGUUAGCAAGGCAGCACCUUCAGUGCCAUCUAGACCCUCAGACUGCAGUUUUAUUUCAGAUUUCUAUUCUCAUUCAAGACUGCAUCACAUAUCAAUGUGGAAGUGUGAAUUUACUGAGUUUGUCAAUACCCUACAAAGACAAAGUAGUGGUAUCUUUCCAGGAAGGGAAAAGUUAAAAAAAAUGAAAACAGGCAGGUCUGCACUUGUUGUAACUGACACAGGAAAUAUGUCAGUAUUGAGUUCACCCAGACAUCAGAGCUGUAUAAUGCAUGUUGAUAUGGAUUGCUUCUUUGUAUCAGUGGGUAUACGAAAUAGACCAGAUCUCAAAGGAAAACCAGUGGCUGUUACAAGUAACAGAGGUACAGGAAGGGCACCCUUACGUCCUGGAGCUAACCCCCAGGUGGAGUGGCAGUAUUAUCAGAAUAAAAUCCUAAAAGGCAAAGCAGACUUGGGUCCUGGCCUCUGAUUUCUCCAACCGUUCCUCCACAUUCUCCAUGUGCCCGUCUAGUUUGUCAAGUUUUGAUGAGCAGUUCUCUACUUUGCCCUCCAAUGAGGACAGUGUAUCCCUGCAUUUCCCCGAAUCUCCCUUGAAGCAACUCAGUCUGCUGGUGGAGGGAUCCACGCACUCUGCUGCACUGUGGACAAGAUAUACCAGAUUCAUCACUGUGGGAGAAUCAAGAUUCUGCACAAACUAAUGGAAUUGAUUCUGUUUUGUCAAAGGCUGAAAUUGCAUCUUGUAGUUAUGAAGCCAGACAAGUUGGUAUUAAGAAUGGAAUGUUUUUUGGGUACGCUAAACAACUUUGUCCUAAUCUUCAAGCUGUACCAUAUGAUUUUCAUGCAUACAAGGAAGUUGCACGCACAAUGUAUGAGACAUUGGCAAGCUACACACAUAACAUCGAAGCGGUCAGUUGUGAUGAGGCGCUGGUAGACAUCACUGAAAUCCUUGCAGAGACCAGGCUUACUCCUGAUGAAUUUGCAAAUGCCGUCCGCAUGGAAAUCAAAGACCAGACAAACUGUGCUGCCUCUGUUGGAAUUGGUUCUAAUAUUCUCCUGGCUAGAAUGGCAACCAGAAAAGCAAAGCCAGAUGGCCAGUAUCACCUAAAACCAGAAGAAGUCGAUGAUUUUAUCAGAAGCCAGCUAGUUACUAAUCUACCAGGAGUUGGACGGUCGAUGGAAUCCAAACUGGCAUCUUUGGGAAUUAAAACUUGUGGAGACUUGCAAUAUAUGACCAUGGCGAAACUUCAGAAAGAAUUUGGUCCCAAAACAGGUCAGAUGCUUUAUAGGUUCUGCCGCGGUUUGGAUGAUAGACCAGUUCGAACUGAGAAGGAAAGAAAAUCUAUUUCGGCUGAGAUCAACUAUGGAAUAAGGUUUACCCAGCCCAAAGAAGCAGAAGCUUUUCUUAUGAGUCUUUCAGAAGAAAUUCAAAAACGACUUGAAGCUGCUGGCAUGAAGGGUAAACGCCUGACUCUCAAAAUAAUGGUACGAAAGCCGGGGGCCCCUGUAGAAACUGCAAAAUUUGGAGGCCAUGGAAUUUGUGAUAACAUUGCCAGGACUGUAACUCUUGACCAGGCAACAGAUAGUGCAAAAAUAAUCGGAAAGGCUAUGCUAAACAUGUUUCAUACAAUGAAACUAAAUAUAUCGGAUAUGAGAGGGGUUGGGAUUCACGUGAACCAGUUGGUUCCAGCUAAUCCAAACCCCCCUGCGUGUCCCAGUCGCACAUCAGUCCAGCCAGGCCAUUUUCCUGGCGGGUCCCAUUCUGUUCUCGAUCUCUUCCAACUUCAGAAAGCAAAGAAACCCACAGAAGAGGAGCACAAGGAAGUAUUUCUGGCUGCAAUGGAUCUGGAAAUAUCAUCUGCCUCUAGAACUUGCACUUUCUUGCCAUCUUUUUCCACACAUCUGACAUCAAGUAUCAGCCCUGUUACUAGCAAAGCAGAGUCUUCAGGGAAAUGGAAUGGUCUACAUUCUCCCAUCAGUUUAAAGUCAAGACUUAACCUGAGUAUAGAAGUCCCAUCACCUUCCCAGCUCGAUCAGUCUGUUUUAGAAGCACUUCCACCUGAUAUCCGGGAACAAGUAGAGCAAGUUUGUGCUGUUCAGCAAGGAGAGCUGCAUGGUGACAAAAAGAAAGAACCAGUAAAUGGCUGUAAUACAGGAAUUUUGCCACAGCCAGUUGGAACAGUUUUGUUACAAAUACCAGAACCUCAAGAAUCUAACAGUGACAUGGGAAUUAAUGUAAUAGCCCUUCCAGCAUUUUCACAGGUGGACCCUGAGGUGUUUGCUGCCCUUCCUGCUGAGCUUCAAAAGGAGCUGAGAGCAGCGUAUGAUCAAAGACAGAGGCAGGGAGAGAACACUGCACACCAGCAGCCACCCAGCACAGCCUUGCCAAAGAAUCCAUUACUUCAGCUAAAACCAGCAGCAUUGAAAGAAAAGAAACGAAACAAGAAAAAAAAUCCCAUCAGUCCCCAAAAAAAGAUCCAGAGCCCUCUGAAAAACAAACUACUUAAUAGUCCUGCAAAAACCAUGCCAGGGGCCUGUGGGAGUCCCCAGAAGUUAAUUGAUGGGUUUCUGAAACAUGAAGAUUCUGCUCCUGAAAAACCUCUGGGAGAACUCUCUGCUUCUACUUCAGGUGUGCCAGGCCUUUCUGGCUGUGUCAGACCCCCGGCACCCAACCUGGCAGGAGCUGUCGAGUUCAGUGAUGUGAAGACACUGCUCAGAGAGUGGAUAACGACCAUUUCAGAUCCAAUGGAAGAAGACAUUUUGCAAGUUGUGAAAUACUGCACGGACCUAAUAGAGGAGAAAGAUUUGGAAAAACUGGAUCUUGUUAUAAAAUACAUGAAAAGGUUGAUGCAGCAGUCUGUGGAAUCAGUUUGGAAUAUGGCAUUUGACUUUAUUCUUGACAAUGUUCAGGUAGUUUUACAACAGACUUAUGGGAGCACAUUAAAAGUGACAUAAAUGAGCAGGAGCCUAGUGUUCUCCGCUGGCUGUGCCAUAAGUGCUUGUGAGGUAUUUGCAAAGUGCAUGAUAGUAAUGCUCUGAGUUUUUAUAAUUUUAAAUUUCGUUUUGAGCAAGUGUUUUGUACAUUUCUUUUCAAUAAGUGCCAAAUUUGUCAGUAUUGCAUGUAAAUAAUUGUGUUAAUUCUUUUAUUGUAGUAUAGAUUCUAUUUACAAAAUGUUUGUUUAUAAAGUUUUAUGGAUUUUUACAGUGAAGUGUUUACAGUUGUUUAAUAAAGAACUGUAUGUAUAUUUUG